AGGGGGGGCAGCGAUGGCGGCGGAGCGGGGCCGGGGGAGGCGGCGGAGGCGGCGGGGUCGGUGCUGAAAGGAGAGAACCGGAGCGAAGCGAAGCGGAUCGGGCAGGGGCCUUGGGGUGAGCGAGAGCCAUGAGCCAAGGAGGAGGCGUCGGCGGGGAGAGCGGCGAACCGGAGGCCAAAGUGCUGCACACCAAGAGGCUGUACCGAGCUGUGGUUGAGGCUGUCCAUAGGUUGGAUCUCAUCCUUGGGAACAAGGCAGCUUAUCAAGAAGUCUUCAAACCAGAGAACAUCAGCUUGAGGAACAAGCUCCGGGAGCUUUGUGUGAAGCUGAUGUUCCUGCACCCAGUGGAUUAUGGAAGAAAAGCAGAAGAAUUACUCUGGAGGAAAGUUUAUUAUGAAGUUAUCCAGCUGAUUAAAACCAAUAAAAAGCACAUCCACAGUCGGAGCACCUUGGAAUGUGCCUACAGGACUCAUUUAGUUGCUGGAAUUGGAUUUUACCAACACCUUCUCCUCUACAUCCAAUCCCACUACCAGCUGGAGCUGCAGAGCUGCAUUGACUGGACUCAUGUCACAGACCCCCUCAUAGGCUGCAAGAAACCCGUGGCUGCUUCGGAGAAGGAGAUGGAGUGGGCACAGAUGGCAUGUCACAGAUGUCUGGUGUAUCUGGGAGAUUUAGCUCGCUACCAGAACGAGCUGGCAGGUGUGGACACGGAGCUGCUGGCUGAAAGAUUUUACUACCAAGCCCUUUCUGUUGCACCCCAAAUUGGAAUGCCCUUCAACCAGCUGGGCACCUUGGCAGGCAGCAAAUACUACAACGUGGAAGCCACCUACUGCUACUUACGUUGUAUCCAGUCUGAAGUCUCCUUUGAAGGUGCCUCCGGGAACUUGAAGCGUUUGUACGACAAAGCAGCCAAAAUGUAUCAUCAGCUGAAGAAAUGUGAGAGCAGGAAGUUGUCUCCAAGCAAAAAACGAGGCAAAGACAUCAAGAGGUUGCUGGUGAGCUUCAUGUACCUGCAGAGUCUUUUGCAGCCAAAGAGCAGCUCUCUGGAUUCUGAGCUGACAUCUCUCUGCCAGUCUGUACUGGAGGAUUUUAACCUCUGCUUGUUCUACCUGCCCUCUCCUCCUCACCUGAGCUCAACGAGUGAGGAUGAAGAGGAAUAUGAGAGUGGCUAUUCCUUCCUCCCUGACCUCCUCAUCUUCCGCAUGGUCAUCAUCUGCCUCAUGAGUGUUCACAGCCUCAAGAGGGCAGGCUCCAAGCAGUACAGUGCAGCCAUUGCUUUCACCCUGGCCCUUUUCUCUCACCUCAUCAACCACGUCAACAUCCGCCUGCAGGCAGAGCUGGAAGAAGGGGAAAAUCCAGUUCCAGCUUUCCAGAGUGAUGGAACAGAUGACCAGGAGCUUCGGGAACCUCCAAACUCCCUGGAAAAGGAAGCUGAAGUUGAUUUGGUGAAUCACCAGCCCAGUGAGGAGCAAAGGAAGAAUGAUUGCAAAAAAAGCAAGAAAUAUUCUCGCCUCUCCUGCCUGAGGCGCCGCCGCCACCCUCAGAAGGGAGAUGAGAGUGACCUGAGUGAGGGCUUUGACUCUGACUCCAGCCAGGGCUCCACCAAAGGCAGUGAUGGUUCAGAGAGUGGCUCAGAGAAGAGUGAUGAGGAAGCAGAAGCUGCUUUUGAUGUGGAGACAGACUCUGACAUGAACAGCCAGGAAUCUCGCUCGGAUUUGGAGGACAUGGAGGAGGAGCCCGGGGAGGAGGGAAGUGGCAAAAGUGGCCCUAAAGAGCCCUUUAAAAACUGUGUGGAUGGCAAUGGGCUGGAGGACUCAAAGAACCUCUCUAAAAUGGAGGUUCCAGAGCCAGCAGUCAACGGGCCAGUUUCCCUCAGCACCACUGAUGCCAGCAUAGCCAGUAACCUCCAGGCCAUGUCCACCCAACUCUUCCAGACCAAACGCUGCUUCCGUUUGGCUCCCACCUUCAGUAACAUCCUUCUGAAACCAAACAGUGAAGCUCCCAUCUUGAAGGAUGGCUUAGAAAGCAAGCCAUGUGUCAAUGGAGAGCUGGAGAAGCCCAGCUUGGCAGAGCAAGAUGAUGUUUCUGACUCUGAGGAAAGCAUCUCCAGUACCAAAUCCUGCAGGAAUGAGAGAUCCCUUCAGGAGAAGCUGGAGAUCAUGACCAAUGAGGGGCUGCUUCUCACUGUCAAGGUCUUCCUGGACUGGCUGAGGACAAACACAGACCUCAUCAUCAUGUGUGCUCAGAGUUCUCAGAGCCUGUGGAACAGGCUGUCUGUGCUCCUGAACCUUCUGCCUUCUGCUGCAGACCUGCAGGAAUCAGGCCUGGCCUUUUGUCAUGAAGUCCAAGAUAUUUUGAGGGAUGCUGAGCUCCCAGAUCUCCGAGCCAACUUCCUGCUCCCAGAAGAUGUGGCCCUAAGAAACCUUCCCCCUCUGAAAAAUGCCCACAAAAAGCUGAAUUUUGAGCAGGACCGUCCCAUUUUCUCAGCAGUGGAGGAGUCAGUGCUUCGGAUCUGCUGCAUCCGGAGCUUCGGCCACUUCAUCACCCACUUGCAAGGCAGCAUCCUGCAGUUCAACCCAGAGCUUGGGAUUUUUAUCAGCAUUGCCCAGGCAGAACAGGACAAUUUGCUGCACCAGGCACAAGCCCAGUUUCACAUGGCUGCAGAGGAGGCUCGGAGGAACAGGCUGAUGAGGGACAUGGCUCAGCUGAGACUGCAGCUGGAGGUUUCUCAGCUGGAGGGAAGUCUCCAGCAGCCCAAAGCACAGUCAGCCAUGUCCCCUUACCUUGUCCCUGACACCCAGGCCCUCUGCCAGCACCUGCCUCUGGUCAAGCAGCUGGCCACCAGUGGGAGGUUCAUCAUCAUCAUCCCUAGGACAGGUAUGGGGGACCCCACACCAAACCCCAAACCCUCUCUCCCCCUCCUGGCUUGGAAACAAACCCUGGGGGACAAG